AUGGGAGGAGCAGCUGGGACCGUGGCAGGAGGCACACUCGGUGUAGCAAGAUAUUAUGGAAUGGACAAACAUGAACUCCGCAGGAGGCGGAUAGAGCUCCAGUUCUCGGAAAAGAACCUACGAAGAGACGGGUUUGCCACCAUUGGAGGUGUUAUUACAUCUCUUCUAGUUACUGGUCUCUGGUGGAACCACGCAUCGUUUGUGAAUCUCAUCCUUGGUGGAAGUGGCAUUGGGACAAUUGCCGGAGUCGCUGCAGCACUCACUAUGGACCUUCAAGAGCCACCCGGCACAUCCGACUCAACGAACACGAGAGAAAAGGAAGCAGCCGUUAAAGCAGGCAUCGUCAAGCCGGGAGAGUAA